AUGAAUAACUACCCCUCGACGACCUGUAGGUUGCCUCCCUUGAGCAAGCUCAGGAAUUGGCACUUAUCCUUCGAUGGUUCUUCCAUAGCACGGGGCGGGGGCGCGGGCAUCGUGCUCUCCUGCCCGACCCUCACCUCCACCGCUGCUGUCAAACUUGACUUCAAGUGCACCAACAACGAAGCUGAAUAUAAAACAUUCAUCCUGGGGCUAUUAAUAGCACUCGACAGGCAAAUCUCCCGGUUAUACAUUGAUGGUGAUUCAAAGUUGAUUGUCAAACAGAUUUCAGGUGAGUUCGCAAUUCGCGAGCCCUCUUUAGCCUCGUAUCGCACAAUCAUUCAAAAGCUUCUCUCUCGGUUCACCAUCGUUCGCUUGGCUCAUGUCUCUCGAUCUGUCAAUCGAUACCCCGAUGCUCUUGCCACGCUCGCAUCCAAACUUGACAUCUUUGGCCCCACCCAACAGAUCACUGUUUAUAAACAAACGCAACCUGCCAUCGCCAGUCUGCUCCCUCUUGAAGAUUUACUGAUUGGCGCCGCCUAA